AUGUUCUCCUUUCCCGUCCUCAUCUUCACAGCCCUGGCGGGGGCAGGAACAGGAGCAGCAUCUUCCACUCCGCCAUCACUUCGCGAGUGUCUUGACGGGGCUGGUAUCCAGGACUACGCUUUCCCAAGCCACCCGCUGUACUCGCUUCUCAAGGUCAAGCGUUGGAAUCUGGACAUUGAUGUGACUCCCGCCGUGGUUACGGUGCCCGAGACGGCCGAGCAGAUAGCCGCUAUAGUGGCCUGCGCGCAGGAGAGGGGUCUGAAGGUACAGCCCAAGAGCGGAGGGCAUAGCUUUGGUAACUACGGUCUCGGCGGACACGACGGCGCGGUAGUCGUCGACCUCAAAAAGUUCCAACACUUUUCCAUGGACGAGAACACCCAUAUCGCCACCAUCGGCGCGGGCACUCGCCUCGGCGACGUGACGAAGAAGCUGCACUCGCACGGCGGCCGGGCCAUGAGCCAUGGGACCUGCCCGUCUGUCGGCAUCGGCGGGCAUGCCACGAUCGGCGGCCUGGGUCCGACCUCGCGCCAGUUCGGCUCGGCGCUGGACCACGUCGAGGCCGUCAUCGUCGUUCUCGCGGACGGCACCAUCACGCGCGCCUCGUGGACAGAGAACAAGGACCUGUUCUGGGCGCUCAAGGGAGCCGGCGCUAGCUUUGGCAUCAUCACUGAGUUUGUCGUCCGCACGGAGCCCGCGCCCGGCAACCUCGUGCAGUACUCUUUUGCGCUCCACCACGACGAUAAAUACGCCGACAUGGCCGAUGAAUUCAAGGCGUGGCAGCGUAUGAUAGCGGACCCGGCGCUGCCGCGCAAGCUGGCUAGCCAGGUUGUUGUGAACCAGCUCGGGAUGAUUGUGUCGGGCACAUACUAUGGCACGCAGGAGGAGUGGGAGUCACUCGCGGCCGAGCAUGAUUUCUUCCGCCGGCACAACCGCAAGGACGAGUACUUUGUGCUCAACGACUGGCUGGGCCACAUGGCGCACCUCGCAGAUGAGGCUGUGCUGCUCUUGGGCACCGGGCAGCCGACGCCCAUCUACUGCAAGUCCCUGGCCUUCACGAAUCAGACUCUCAUCCCGGAUGACACCAUCGACGACCUGUUCAAGUACUUUGACGACGCGCACAAAGGCAGCCCGCUGUGGUUCGCGUACUUUGACCUCGAGGGCGGUGCCGUCAACGACGUACCCCCCGAUGCGACGGCAUAUGCCCACAGAGACGCCCUGUUCUACAUGCAGAGCUACGUAAUUGGCCUUGACUGGGGUCGAGUGUCGCCCACGAGCAAGAAAUUCAUUCGUGGCAUCGCAGACACGAUCCAAAAGGGAUAUCCCAAGGGUGAGGAAUUCGGAGUAUAUGCAGGUUACGUCGACCCAGAGCUGGAGAAUGGGCAGAGGAGGUACUGGGGCAAAAACCUGCCGCGGUUGGAGCAGGUCAAGCUCAAGUACGACCCUGAGGAUGUAUUUUCCAACCCGCAAAGCGUGCAUCCGGCGGCGGUUAAGAUUGAGGGGAUGGCGGAGGGUCGGACAGAUGGUGCGAGUGCGUCGGUCAGUCACGACGAACUGUAG